UUAAACUUACUCAUACCGCUAAUGAGCGAAAUAAAAAUAGCUGUCUGUAAUUUAAGAACUUUCAGUUCCAAAACUUUUAUUUAUUUACCUUUUAUUCUUAGAUCUUCUCAUUUUUAUUUUAAACAACUAAUUUUUACGAAAUGAAUUUUCAAUGCAGUUGGAAAGUCUCGGAUGACAGACCAAUAUCAGAUGCGAUAUUUUACAGUCGAGAAACUGAUGAUUCAGACUUGGAAGAUGAAAUCAAUGUGGAGAACUGUGUUUUUCUAAAAGCACCGGAUAAAUGUGAAGGAUUGUACCCAACUGUUCCAGCCUGUCAGCUACUCAUUUCUUGUGAACCACCCAACCAAAUCACUCGUAUUUCUGCUAUAUGUGAAGCAAGGGUGCUGGAGAUUUAUGGUCAUCAUGGAGAAUAUUUGAAAACUGUAUUCAACAGUCCUUUGGAAGAGACUGAAAAUUUGUUUGUCUAUCGUGGGGAUGUAGUUUUAGAUAAACCACUAUCCGUUUGUUCUGUUAAGUUUGUAAAUCUAGAAUCGCAAAAUGAAAUGUGGUUAUUUGGAGUCAAAAUACAUACUGACAAGAUGUCUCACAGCCCUCUAAAUCAAGCAUCUUCAUUACCUUUCUCAUCUCUCUCACAGAGAUUUGCAGAAAUGGGUGACACAUUAGGUGACAAAGAAGCCUUAAAAAGAUUUGCGGAUAAUUUUCUUAAAAUGGGACUUGCCUCAUCCUUACCACAAGGAGCAGCUAUUACAUCUGUUCUUAAUAAUCUGCCAACAUAUGUACUUAAUCCAGGACUUGAAAUGGCAAACAACAAUGAAGUGCAAAAUGCUAAUAUUAUAAACUCAGAAGGGAAAGUGCACAUACUUGAGAAAGAGUCUACUCAAGCAUCUCUUACCACAAAUGAACUAAAUAAAACUGAAGAACUAAAAACAUUUGCAUCUUCUGCUACAUCACCUGUGAUGAUGACACAAACACAAAAUACUGCCACACAAACAGAAGAAAAUUACAUGAACAUGGAAGAAAACUUAAAAACUUACAUAAAUGAGCAAAUACAAGGUAUAAGCAAAAGAUUUCAAGAAUUGGAAGUUAAGUUAUUAUGUAAAUUAGAUGAAAUUGAAUCAUUUGUGAAACCUCAUGGUAUACAAAGUAAUUGACAAAAUGUAUAUUUAUUUGGAUUGUUAAUGUACUUGCCUGUUAAACCAUUGUUAAAUUUUAUUUAUUCUUAAGAAAUAAAAAGCUUUCAAAUUAAAA